AUGGCAGGUCUCCUUUGGUACCGGGGUGAAGAGUGGCGAGAAGUCUGGGACUACUGGUUCAAGUGGACCGACGAGCAUCUCACAUCCGACGACCUUCGCCCGAUGAUAUACACCUUUGAUGAGCUUGGCGCUAAAGCACUGGACCGACUGGAUGAGAUAUCACCUCCAGUUAGAUCCUCAGCCACUCCAAAUGAGAAGGCAGACUCUCCUCAGGACGCGAAGCCACAUCGAGACCUAUAUGCUCUUUUGAGAGACAACGCAGACGCAGACGAGGUUCUGGGAAAGUUAUGGACUGAAGUCAACACUAUCCCGCCAUGGGUCGACUGGGCUCAAAUCGAACGCGGACAACAAGUUUUCCUGCGAUACGCAGGUCCAGCCAUCUUCGCCCUCACAUUCCAAUCCCUCGUAGGCGGCAUGGGCGGCCGCCGCGUCGUAGAAACUCUCUCGAGAACAGGCGGCUUCGGCGUCAAAGUCACCCGCCGCCGCCUCCUCGAGACCUUCCAGCACAUCCUCCAAGUCACCCGCGACCUCCCCUCCGUCCAACCGGGCGGCGAGGGCCACGCCUCCUCCGUCCGAGUCCGCCUCCUCCACGCCGCCGUCCGCCGCCGCAUCCUCCUCCUCGCCAAGCAGAGACCUUCCUACUACGACGUAGCAGCCUACGGCGUACCCGUAAACGACCUGGACUCCGUCGGCACGAUAUCAACCUUCUCCUCCACCCUCCUCUGGAUCGGCCUGCCCCGCCAGGGCAUCUAUCUCAAAAACAGCGAAAAGAGUGACUACCUCGCCUUGUGGCGCUACGUAGCCUACAUCAUGGGCACGCCCACAGACGCCUUCUCCACGCUCACGAGGGCCAAGGCGACGAUGGAGUCCCUCCUCGCCUCCGAGAUCCAACCCUCUGAUACCUCGCGCGCCCUCGCCAACAACGUCCUCACGGGUCUGGCCGACCAGCCGCCCUCGCACGUCUCGCGCGAGUUCCUCGCCGCGGAGACGUACUGGCUCAACGGCGCCAAGCUCGCGCGCGCUCUCGCCGUCGAGAGGCCGCCUUUUUAUUAUUCGCUGCUUAUACUGGGCCAGUGUUUCUUCUUCAUGUUCAUGUGUUAUUCUCGACGUUUGUUCCCCAGUUGGGAUGAGUCUAGGAACAAGAACCUUUCAAGAGCCCUCUUCAACCUAACAAUCCACAAACCCGAGCUCGGCGCCCUCGGAAAAGAAACGACUUUUGAAUUCAAGUACAUCCCGACCCUGGACGUCAUGUCCACCGAGGCAGCGGCCCGGACCCAGCAGCAGCAGCAGCAGCAGCACCCGGGCCCGUCCCCAACUCACAAACCCGGCUCCACCCCCGCAGAUGCAAAGGCGGCGGGCGGCGCAAGGCCAGGAGCACGAGCAGGAGCAAGCACACGCCGCGUGCGCAGCAACGAACGCCGGAGCCUCAUCGCAUUAAGCGUGGCCGUCACACUGGCAGGUCUGCUCGCCUGGCUUGGGAUCCGCGGGGCGUCGGCCCUGUUUGGGAGUGUUCUUGUUCUUUGA